AUGCCCCCUCCACUAUUGGAGGACAUGUCUGACCCAACAGAGGAAGAUGCUUUGCCCGAGUGGGCACUGUCCCGAUGGCAGAAUAUUGUCGAAAAGCUCCGAGCCAGAUGGGAAGCAGAAGAGCCUCAAAGUCCGCGCAGCUGCACGGGGAGACAGUCGCGAAUGAGGGUGACUUGGCGACUCCAGGGUGAGUCAACGCUGUGGGACGCAUACUCGAAACAAGGCUCCAUCGACUUCAAUGGCAUCCUCGGCAAGGAGAAGGGCGACUCCAAUCCCGACUUGCACGAGGUGAUUGUCAAAACAAGCACCGGCUGCAGUGCUUGCCUGGCAUGUUUGGUCCUACACCCGUAUGGCUGGCCGAAGUUUUCGUGGAGCAUCAUCCUACUGCUGGCAGUGCUUUGGGAUGCUGUGACGAUCCCGCUGCAGCUGUUUGACCUCGGGGCCUUCUCAGCUACGCUCGACGCCGUCAACACAGCGACCAUAUUUUUCUGGCUAGCGGAUAUUCCGGUCAGCUGCUUCACCGCUGUCGACAGCGACGGCCUCCUGGACUUCCGGCCGCGCUCGUGCAUUCGGGACUACACGAGGGGCUGGUGUUUGCCCGACGUGCUCAUGGUUUUGGGAGAUGGGAUUGUGUCCAUCGUUGGCGCCAACAGUGUUGCGGCUGCAGCUGGGACCCAGGGUCUUCGCGUCUCGCGGCUCAUUCGUCUCUCUCGAUUGGUGCGGCUGGUGCGGCUCUACAAAGCUUCAGCUACGGUCGAGUCAUUGGUCGACUACGUGCGUUCUCCACUGAUCGUGGUGUUGAUUGGCCUGGCCAAGCUGAUCUUGUUCAUUCUCUUUGUGAAUCACUACAUCGCCUGCGCUUGGUGUGCGAUGGCCUAUUUUAGUGACGGCAGCCCUACAUGGGCAGACGGCCACGUGAAAUCUCCAGAUGACUUCCGUGAGCUCUAUGCUUUGUCUUUACACUGGAGCUUGACACAGUUCACGCCAUCCACCCAGGAUAUUGGGCCGUCCAACAUCGGCGAGCGCGUCUUCGCAGCAGGUGUGGUGAUUUUUGCCUUGAUCGUGUUUUCCUCUUUCGUCAGCAGCAUCACCAAUCAAAUGAACCAGAUCCGCACCUGGAACUCCAAGACUAUCGAGCUGGAUGCAGUGCUGCGGCAUUUCCUGAAGUCGCGGAAGAUCUCUACCCAGCUGGGAGUUCGCAUUACCAACUUCUUCAAGGUCAGUCAGAAGCAGAAGGCGAAGACGCCGCUUGAGAGCAUAUCCUUUCUGGCAAGCCUGCCAGAAAGCUUGAAGAUUCACUUGCACAGCGAGAUAUUCUUACCUGCCUUCAAGACUUCCGGCCUGUUCAGCCGCGUUAUGAAAGUGGACUAUCGCUUGCUGUCAAAGACCUGCAGCCGCGCGUUCAAGGAGCAUUACUGCCCACCGGAGAUCGACAUCUUCAUCGAAGGGGCUGCAGCACCAGGCGUCCUCAUUGUACACCGUGGCGAAAUGAUCUAUCAGCCUCGGGCGCUGUCGCGCUUCACACACCUCAGCGCUGUCAAGCCCGUGCGACUGCAAAAGGGACUCUGGAUCUCGGAAGCGUCGCUGUGGUGCGUUUGGUCCUAUGCUGGCAGCCUACGAGCGGAGACCGCCUGUGAUUUUCACCUUCUGGACUCUGAUGCCUUCAGCAGAGUUUGCCAGAGCCACGGAGGCGCACUGGUCGCGAUCUUGCGGAAGUUGGCUGUUCUCUUCAUCAACUACAUGGAGGAACGAGCACAGCAGUCAAAUCCGAUCACCGACAUGCCGCUAUCCGAUGAAGAGUGGGAGUCUUUGCUCGAUCGCUCCGACAAGCUCGAGAAGAUGAAAACGAUGAUGAUGCAACUAGCACUGCCUCGGCCAGACUGGAAGUAG